AUGAGUCUAUCGAGAAUGAACGUGAUGAUGGAAGAGAAAGACGAGUACACGCUAGAAGCGGAGGCGCGAAUGAAGGCUCCCCUCGAGUGGUACUCGUCGGCCAAAUGUAAGAUACUCGACCUGAAGGAGCCGCAGUACGACGAAGCUUUACGUCUGAUUAAACGCCACUUCUUUCGCGAGGAGUCUAUGUGCAAGGCGUCCUCAUUGCUGGAAGACAAAGCGUCCGUAAACGAUUACCUAGCGCUCGUGAGAACGUGGUUGAAGGAAACGACGAGCCUGGUCGCCACCAGCCUUAAAUCUGGCCGUCUGAUUGGCGUAGCUGUCGCGCGAAUCAACAGCAGCCCUGAGAAAACUGACACUUACCAUCGUGUUCAGAUCAUCGAAGGGUCAAGCUUGCGCAAGAUCAUGCAUUUGCUGAACACGUUGCUCAAGCAAACGAACGCGCACGAAACGUUCGGCCACCAGGAAUAUCUCUGCAUCUACGUUCUCUGCGUGCAUCCGUCUUAUCGAGAGAAAGGCGUGGAGACUGCGCUCCUGAACGCGUGCGUGCAACUAACGGUGGCCUUAGGAUUGCCAGCGAUCGGUGGCCUUUUCACCUGCGGUGCCAGCCAGGCAACGGCGCAGGAUACAGGCUUCAGACUUCUUUCGGAGAUCCGUUACAGCCAGUGGGUCAUCAACGAUCGAAUCGUGUUCGACGAUCCAGGAAGGGGGAACUAUUCGGCCGCCUUCAUGGGCAAGCUGAUACCGCCGGGAGAGCGAUCGGACCAAGAUGAAACGUCGUCCGUCGAUUCUGCAAGCAAACAGGAAAGCUCGAUCGUUUGGAAGUAGGAUCGUUCAAGGUCGUAUGUGGUAGAAUAUAGUACUCGCGGUUAUGAUUGAAUCAGUUGCAACCAGAGUGCCGGAUUGCGUCGUUCCUCGGAAAUCGUUACUGUAGAAAAAUAAACGUUUCAAUUAACGAUGCGAGAGAAUUUAGAAUCACCAAAUGCUUUGUGAAGAAAAUUGCUAAGAAUUGAAGAGAAGUAGAAGAAAGGAACUAAGAAUCGUUGGUAAUAUUAAUUAAUAAAAUUGAUAUAGGUGCUGUGUAAUAAUGAACGUGCAAUAUGUAUUAGUAACUAAUA